UGUAAUUAUGAAUAUUAUAUUAUAUAGAUAUGCAAUUUGAGCAUUAGCACCCCAUUAUCACCUAGCAUAUUUAAACCACAGUUUAACCCCAAUAGAAGUUCAGUCAGACUUCAUUCAUCCAACGACAAUGUCGUAUAAUCAAACCAUAAACUUUUGGUUCAAUUGUUUGCAGUAUAUCGGCAUGAAUCCUGCAAAACCCAAAAAAUACUAUGGGUUCAUUGCCAUAACUUCUGCAGGAACGUUUCUUGCAUUACUUGCUGUAGUGGAUUUGUUCCUUAAUCCAGAUGAAAAAGACGCCUUGGUAACGUUGGUGAUGCUGGUUCAAAUGUUAUCAAAAACCAUAGCGAAUUUUCUCUAUUCAAACGAAUUUUAUCAACUAUUUAAAGAUUUGAAGGAUUUCUGGAGGUGUGAAAAUGAGCCCAUCAAGAAUAAAUUUAAUAAAAGGCUAAGAUUGAUCCAUAAAGGAGCUAAGAUUUGUUUGUCAUACAUGUAUGUGGCCAUCGUUAUAUUGGUUUUCAUGUCACUAUAUUCAUCCAAAAGUUUGCCAGUGUACGUUUACGUACCUAAAACAUUGGGAAAAAAGUUUAUUUUUGCACUUGAAUGUAUAAUCCUUCCUUUAAUAACUCUAAACGUCAUCACAUUUGAUUAUCUUAUCUUCACUUUUCUGCAGUUAAUUAUAAUGCAGUUCCAACUUCUCAACUCGGCCAUCAGCAAGUUGAUCAUUGAACCAGGUCAGGAUCAAACAAAUUUUAAGCCACAAUUGUUAAAGAUAAUAAAACAUCACAUUUUCUUAUUGGAGUUCGCCAAAAGGUUAAAGCAAAUUAUGUCUUUGCCACUUUUUCUACAAUUGUUUAAUAGCAUUCCAUCUCUAUGCUUCGAGAUGUAUUUAAUGAGAACCAAUGUUGAAUUCUGGCAUGGACUAUUUGGAGUUCUUCACUCAGUGUUGAUAGUGAUUCAGCUUGCCAUCUUUUAUUGCUUACUAUGUCAGGAAAUAAUGAACCAGGGAGAAAACACAGGCAAUAGAAUUUACUCUAUAAAUUGGUACCAGGGGGUCUACCACGAACCUGAGUGA